AUGAGGUGUUUCCAGCUCUUCUCCCCCGGACCAGAUUGUGCUGGUGCAACUUUCCAAUCAUCCAGAGUAUACGGAUUCUUGUCUGUGAACAACAAUGCUAACCUGCGGGGCGCCCGAACAGACGCUGGGUUGCAGAGCGAGUCACGUGGAGCCCUCCCUCUCUCUCUGGCGUUGGCACUUGGCAGCUGGACUGAACCUGGAGCCCUGGAGCCCUGGAGCGGUUCAUAUGUUUACUUGUUACUGUAG